GUUCAUCGUCAGGUUUACGUCACGCAUACGACUGUCAUGCUCCACAUCCGCUUCAUAAGUAUCAGACGCCAAACUUUGACAUUAUCUGUUUGUUUUAUGGAUUUGGGAUUGUAGCCAACGAAUCAAAAUUAUCAUCCUGUGUUGACUGAGUUAACUAAGAAGUCCAAGAUUGAGAAGAAUAGCCUUUAUAUUGGGGUUUGGUAGCGUUCUUCCUCGCAAUGUAUACAUUGUUAUCCGGGUUUUACAAAUACAUGUUUCAAAAGGACGAAUACUGCAUUCUAAUCCUUGGAUUGGAUAACGCUGGAAAAACGACCUUUUUGGAACAAACCAAAACAAAGUUCAGCAAGAACUAUAAGGGAAUGAAUUUGUCCAAGAUCACAAGUACAGUAGGACUAAACAUUGGAACUAUUGAUAUGGGCAAGGCUCGUCUAAUGUUCUGGGAUCUGGGAGGCCAAGACGAGCUGCAAUCUCUCUGGGACAAAUACUAUGCGGAGUCCCAUGGAGUUAUUUAUGUGAUUGACUCAACUGAUGAAGAACGACUUUCAGAAUCAAAGGAGGCCUUUGAAAAAAUGAUCAGCAGUAAUGUGUUAGAAGGUGUCCCGCUCCUGGUCCUGGCCAACAAACAGGAUGUACAGAACUGUUUGUCCGUGCCGGACAUUAAAACAGCCUUCAGUGACUGCGCACCAAAGAUUGGCAAGCGAGAUUGUUUGGUCCAACCAUGUACUGCCCUCACAGGAGAUGGAGUCAACGAAGGCAUCGAAUGGAUGGUAAAGUGUGUGAUCAGGAACAUUCACCGGCCACCUAGACAGAAGGACAUCACAUAGAAGUGGAUCAUGUCUCCUUUUUCUGAUAUUGGAUUUAUCAAGAACAUUCCCUGUAAACCUUGGAGAUGUCUACUCUCUCCUCCUGUGUCUGCUGUGACUUGGAACAGCAUGAAUAUUUUCUGGUUUAUGAACUUAUGAUAGAGUGUCUUUGACUGAUACAGGGAUACUAAACUAUUAUGUGGACAUGGUCGUUCUCAAUCUUUGUCAGAUUGUCAGAUUUUCAACGUAAGCUCGCUUUUGUAAGCCUGAACAUUCCUAUUACCCACUGCCUCAUCAGAAUUAAAUAUUGUCUCAUCACAUUGAUCCAAGUACUGUAAAUCAAUCGUCAUAUUGGGCAGAAACCUCCCAUGUCAAAAUGUCACUUUCUUAUUUUGGUUCUGUUAUUUUUACAAGUUAAUGACCAAUUUAAACCCAAAUAGUAAAAUAUCGUUAUAACAUCAUUUCCCAACAUUCACAUGCACGCAACAGCAGGGCUAAACAAGCUUCAACACUGCAGAAGUAAACAAUGUCAUUUUGAGGUGCAUCAAAUGUACAUGAAGAAUUAAGAACUAAGGGAACAAGAAAUAUACAACCCCUAGCAAAACGUAUGGAAUCACCAGUCUCAGACGAGCACUCUUUUAUUAUGUAGAACAAACUCAGAUAAAAAAGCUUGAAAAAUAUUGAAUUGGUUCAAAAGUGCAACUCUUUAGCAUUCAGAAAUACUAAAAGAAAUGAAAAAAUAAAAUAAAAAUUGUUUUCGGCAACGACGACUAUAACGAAAGUAUUUCGUCAAGACAAUAACGGGCUAAAAACUUUUAUUGGGAGAUUAAAACAUAACGACAUGAAUGCCAGUUUUCGUCUGACAACAUAAAAAUGUACCAUAGUUUUUGUCUCAUGUUCACAAAGUGUGGUUGUGUCACUCAUGUGACGUGCUGCGCCCUCCCCUUAAUUGACCUGCUAGUGUCCUCUCCAGUCUUCCCAUUGCCUGUUUUGAGAUACACACGCUAAGAUUAGUCUUCUUUUCGUGGCAAGAAGAGAGAAUAUGCAAUGUUGCUUUAGCCUUUAAAGGUCUGUGCGGAGUGAUCAUCAUACACAAAAUGUAACUCGUAGCGUUAGCAUAGCAUUCAUAUUCACGUUAACAGAAGGCUAUUGCAAAUGGCAAGCGUCCUAUUAAACUAUGCUGAGUAAUCACACACUAAAUGGAACUCGUAGCGUUAGCAUCUGGCUAUUGCUAACAGCAAGCGUCACACUCUCAGACAACUUUUUUUUUUUUACAUACAGUUUGUGGCGUCCUGGUGGGUAUAUAUAUAUUUUUUUCCAUUUUACAGACGAAAACUUAUUAAACGUCAACAAAAACUAGAUGAAGACAAACCGAUUAUGAGAUAACUAAAAUAUGACAGACUAAUAAGUAUUGUCGUCCAAAAGACUAAGACGAAAAUUAAAAGAGCUGCCAAAAACAACACUGGUGGUCAGUAAAUGUUACUUUUAUAGAGCAAGUGCAGCGAAAUAAAUAUAGAAUCACUCCAUUCUGAGGAAAAAUAUAUGGAAUCAUGAGAAACCAACACAGAAAUAACAAGAGUUCAAAACACAUCUCUAGUAAUUAGUUGCACCACCUAUGGCUUUUAUGACAGCUUGCCGUCUCUGAGGCAUGGACUUGAUGAGUGACAAACAGUAUUUUCCAUCAAUUUGGUGCCAACUCUCUCUGAUUGCAGUUGCCAAAUCAAUCUUGCACUUUGUGGUGGAAUUUUUUUUUUUUUUUUCAAUUUCCACCACAGGUUUUCAAUAGGGUUGAGAGCUGGGCUAUUUGCAGGCCAUGGCAUUGACUGGAUGAGUCUUUCUCCAAGGAAUGCUUUAACAGUUUUAGCUCUGUGGCAUGAUGCAUUGUCAUCUGGAAAAUUACAAACAUAUUUUCAAUUGAUGGGAUAAGGAAGCUGUCUAAAAUUUCAAUGUAAAUUUGGGCAUUUAUUGAAGAUUUAACCACAGCCAUCUCCCCAGUGCCUUUGCCUGACAUGCAGCCCCAUAUCAUCAAGGACAGAGGGAAUUUUGAUGUUUUCUUCAGACAGUCAUCUUUGUAAAUCUCACUGGAACGGCACCAAACAAAAGUUCCAGCAUCAUCACAUUGUCCAAUGCAGAUUCUUGACUCAUCACUUAAAAAACAGGCAUGAAAAUCUCUCACCUUUCGGCGAAAUUCGCCGUUUUGAAGUCAAAAAGGAUGACCUACUUGAAUCGUGUAGAUCCG